AAUAACUUAUCCUCUUACACUUGGCCUCGCAUUUUCCUUCACACAAUCCACACACAUCCAAUCACAACCUGAUCAUAUAGCUUCCUCUAACCUUUUUUGCUUUGAUCUUUUUGCUUAUUAUCAUAAUUUUUUAUUUUUUUUGUUUUUGCCCAGAAGAAAGACAGAGGCCCAUCUCUAGUUCUUCCAUUGUGAUCAAACAUGGCUGCUGCUAUAAGCGCUGCAGUCUCUUUCCCUUCCUCUAAGUCCUCUACUCUCCCCACCAAAACAUCCUUCGUCUCCCAUCAAAGGAUUUUCCUCAACAAGAGCACACUGUGUUACAGAGACGCCUGUAUUGGGGGCAGAGUAGUUUCAGUGAAGGCUCAGGUGACAACAGAGGCGCCAGUGAAAGUAGAGAAGGAGUCAAAGAAACAGGAAGAAGGAAUUGUUGUCAACAAAUUCAAACCUAAGAACCCUUACACCGGUCGAUGCCUCUUGAACACCAGGAUCACCGGCGAUGACGCUCCCGGUGAAACCUGGCACAUUGUCUUCAGCACCGAUGGUGAGGUUCCGUAUAGAGAAGGGCAAUCGAUAGGAGUGAUUCCAGAGGGGAUUGACAAGAACGGCAAACCCCACAAGCUGAGGCUAUACUCAAUCGCCAGCAGUGCCAUUGGUGACUUCGGAGACUCCAAAACCGUUUCUCUCUGUGUCAAGAGACUGGUUUACACAAACGAUAAUGGAGAGCUUGUCAAGGGAGUCUGCUCCAACUUCUUGUGUGACUUGAAGCCGGGUGAUGAAGCAAAGAUCACUGGACCUGUUGGAAAGGAAAUGCUUAUGCCAAAAGACCCAAAUGCCACCGUCAUCAUGCUUGGAACCGGAACUGGAAUAGCUCCGUUCAGAUCAUUUUUGUGGAAAAUGUUCUUUGAGGAGCAUGAGGACUACAAGUUCAACGGUUUGGCAUGGCUCUUCUUGGGUGUACCAACAAGCAGCUCGCUGCUCUACAAGGAGGAGUUUGAGAAGAUGAAGGAGAAGAAUCCAGAAAACUUCAGGCUGGACUUUGCGGUGAGCAGAGAGCAGACGAACGACAAGGGAGAGAAAAUGUACAUUCAGACAAGAAUGGCAGAGUAUGCAGAAGAGCUGUGGGAGUUACUGAAGAAAGACAACACCUUUGUUUACAUGUGUGGUCUUAAGGGUAUGGAGAAGGGAAUCGAUGAGAUUAUGGUCUCACUUGCUGCUAAAGAUGGGAUCGAUUGGUUGGAGUACAAGAAGCAAUUGAAGAGGAGUGAGCAGUGGAAUGUUGAAGUCUAUUAAGGAAGCUUGUGAGGGGUUUAUUAUUAUUAUGAAUUAUGUAGAUAAAGCUGAUGCAUUGUCAAUUCGUCAAAUCCUGCUACUUUCUUCUUCCUUCACUUGUUCUUGAUGGAAGAAUUUCAUCAUAAGAAAGCAUCAUUACCCACCAAACUACUCUUUCUUGAAACAAUACAUUGUAUUUUGAUGAUAUCAGACUUUUCAGAGAUAAUAAUAAUAAUAUAUAUAAAUA